GUGUAUGUGUGCGCCUGCGCGUACAUGCACACAUGCAUGCAUGUGUAUGUGUAUGUGUGUGCAUAUGCCUGCUUGCAGUUCUCCACGAGGAGGGGGGCACACAGUGAGCUCGACCAGAGCCCAGCUCAGACCCAGGACCAGGGUCUUUCAGGGACGGCUUCAUUUCAGGCCAAGUCCUUCAACAGCAGAAGCCAAAGGCCAAACCCUGGUGAAAAGCCCUGAUGAGCUACUGCCUCCCUCACACUGCCAUGGGGACAUUAAACCUUCAACAAUCUGGGGCUCUGACGGCUGGUUCUUGGUUCUCUGCCUGGAAAAACAGUAGGCGAAUAGUAAAACCUUAAAUUCUAACAUGUGUAAGUUAUACAUCUUAUUUUCAUUUUCAGCCCAUGUUCCCCUCUGUAAGACAUCAGGAAAAAAUUACCGUCUGCCUUCUAAUAUCUCAGUGGAGCAUUUAUCUCCUAGCUAUGAUAAGUGAUCUUCAAUACUUUUUUCCUUUCAGAUUAAGAAACAAAUUCAUUUAAUUUUCUUUAUUGAAUGUGUUCAGGCCUCCCCCACCCUGCCGAGUCCCCACCCUCUGGCGCUGUUACUCCCUUCUUCUGUGUUAGUGGCUGCUCUCCCUGCGUUUGGAGCUGCCGCCACCACGUUGCAGGAGGGGCAGGACCCUCUGUGGCACAACCCUGAUCCUUAAGGCCUCGUGAUGAUCCAUCCCUGCCCACAGCAGAGUGAGGGAGGGCAAGGGCCAUGCCUUUGGAAAGUGGCUGAGAAGAAGGGAGUCUCCGGUGGACUGCAGUGUUAGCAAGUGCAGCAAGCUGGUUGGUGGCGGUGAGUCCAAUGCCAUGAACUACAACAGCUACAUGGAUGAGAAGAACGGUCCCCCUCCUCCCAACAUGACCACCAACGAGAGGAGGGUCAUCGUCCCCGCAGACCCCACGCUGUGGACGCAGGAGCACGUGCGGCAGUGGCUGGAGUGGGCGAUAAAGGAGUAUGGCUUGAUGGAGAUCGACACAGCCUUUUUCCAGAACAUGGAUGGCAAGGAACUGUGUAAAAUGAACAAAGAAGACUUCCUCCGAGCCACCUCCCUCUACAACACAGAAGUGCUGUUGUCACACCUCAAUUACCUCAGGGAAAGUUCACUGUUGGCCUAUAAUACAACCUCCCACACAGACCAAUCCCCACGACUGAGUGUCAAAGAAGACCCUUCUUACGACUCAGUCAGGAGAGGAGGAUGGGGCAAUAACAUGAAUUCUGGCCUCAACAAAAGUCCCCCCCUUGCAGGAGCACAAACAAUGAGUAAGAAUACUGAACAACGGCCUCAACCAGAUCCAUAUCAGAUCCUGGGGCCAACCAGCAGUCGCCUAGCUAACCCCGGAAGCGGGCAGAUCCAGUUGUGGCAAUUCCUCCUCGAACUACUCUCCGAUAGUGCCAACGCCAGCUGUAUCACCUGGGAGGGGACCAAUGGGGAGUUCAAAAUGACGGACCCCGAUGAGGUGGCAAGGCGCUGGGGGGAAAGGAAAAGCAAGCCCAACAUGAAUUAUGACAAGCUGAGCCGGGCCCUCCGAUACUACUAUGAUAAAAACAUUAUGACCAAAGUGCAUGGCAAAAGGUAUGCCUACAAAUUUGACUUCCAUGGCAUUGCCCAGGCUCUGCAGCCACAUCCAACUGAGUCGUCCAUGUACAAGUACCCUUCUGAUAUCUCCUACAUGCCUUCCUACCACGCCCAUCAACAGAAGGUGAACUUUGUCCCUCCCCACCCAUCCUCCAUGCCUGUCACUUCCUCCAGCUUCUUUGGAGCAGCCUCACAAUACUGGACCUCCCCCACGGGUGGAAUCUACCCCAACCCCAAUGUCCCCCGCCAUCCUAACACCCACGUGCCCUCACACUUAGGCAGCUACUACUAGAAGCUUAAUCAUCGGUGAUGAUAUAGGUGAAGCCCCAUCCCUCACACUUCUGGAUUACUUUGGACUCUAAAGGAUAUAUGUGGCCUUGAAGAGAAAACAAAACUGGAUAUUCUUUCUUGCUGGAUAGAACCUUUGUAUUUGUUCUUUAAAAACAAUCUUUUUUUCCUUUUUUUUUUUUUUUUUUUAUGUUGGUAACUUUUCCUUCCUCUACCUUGAACAAAGAGAUGGAUAAUUCUGUGGGCCAGUAGGCCAAUUUGGAUUCUCAAUCUCCUAUCAUUUUAUGAGUUGAAUAUUUAGAUGACUGGAAUGGUUAUAUCUUGGCUCUACAAAAGAAACUGUAAAUUUUCUUUAUAUUUUUAUAGCCAAAGCAGUUUCUUAUCAACACACGGGUCAUAUCAUGGACCUUGUAAGGUUCGGUAUGAUAAAGAAUCAUGGACUUAACCAGUUAUGCUCUGGUUUGAGACUUAGUGAAAAUAGAGGCAAGAAGCUUAUAAUCUUGUUUUAGGAGGACCUAAUUCAGUGGAUGGCAACUGGAACAUUGGUUGUAAGGCCAGUGAAGUUUUCACCCAACUGGAAUUUAAAAGAAAGGACAUCUGUGUAUAUUUAAAAGAAGCCAUGGGCAUUGCAAAAUUCUUCUCAGUGGGCAAUAAGGACUAGGCUGACCAUUCUCUUUAGACAUAGUCAAAAUAUGAACUAAGAAAUGUUAAUGCAAAUGCAGACAUUCCUGAAAUACAGAGAAUUAAAUAACUAUUUUUUUUUUUUUUUAAAUAAUGACAGUGGGUCCCAGAACUUAGAAAAGUCUUAGGGAUUUCUAAAAACAAACAGAUCCGCAAGCGCUGUGCGCUUGUCAGACCAUCAGUCCAGGGUCACCCAAUCAGAAGGCAAUUUACUGUAUAAAUUAUGCAGAGUUAUUUUCCUAUAUCUCACAGUAUUAAAAAUAAAUAAUUAAAAAAUUAAAAAGAAUAAAUAAACGAGUUGACCUCGGUCACAAAUACAAUUUUACUAUCAAAUCAGUCUUUGUUAUUUUUUUAAAUGUAAUUUGUACAUCUUUUGUCAAUCUGUACAUUUGGGCUGUUUGUACGUUUUUAUAGCUGGUUUUUAAAAAGCAUAAUGUGACUAUUGCUGAAAAGAAAACAGGACAUUUAAGUCACUGACUUACUAGAAAGAGAAGCACUGGUGCAGUUAUUUAACAUGUGCACAAGCAAGCAAAGGCAAUCCAUUUAAAUCUUUAUGCUUUGGAAAUGUUUGUAAAUAACCGUACUACAAUCAUGGCAACUUGGAAAAGAAAUAGCAAUUGCCUUCCCUUGUGGAUACAAGGGAUUUUCCUGCCCUAUAUAUGCAAUAUAUUUUUUAGAUAUUAAAAUAUAUAUAAUUUUGCAGGUAAUCGUUGAUUUUUUUAAAACUAUAUUAAGUGUUAAGCUGACAACUGUCAAUGAAGACAAUGUUGUAAAAUAAUUUGCCUAAAUAAAUUGUGCCUUCAUCUCUCAGAACUGAGGACACUGUUUUCUUAUUUAUUCCCCCCCCCCUUAGUUCGAAGGGUCUUCCCAGGGGAAGUUUUCUAUUUACCUCUCCCACCAUAAGAAUUCAAAUGUACAUACUGCAUUACAAUAGAAAGUACAAAAUCAAUGUGGUUUUGAUUGUUGUUUGUAUUAGUCAGGGUUCUCCAGAGAAACAGAACCAGUAGGAAAUUAAAUAGAGAUAGAAAUAGAAUAUAUUGAUGAUGAGGAAUUGAGUUAUGUGAUUAUGGAGGCUGAGAAGUCCCACAGUCUGCUUUCUGCCAGCUGGAGACCCGGGAUUAGUUCCAGUCCACAUCUAAAGGCCUGAGGACCAGGAGAAUUGAUGGUAUAAAUCCCUGUCCAAGGGCAGCAGCAGAUCUAUGUCCUAGCUCAAUCAGGCAGGCAGAAAGCAAAGGGGUGAAUUCCUCCUUCUUCUGCCAUUUUGUUCUAUUCAGACCCUCAGUGGAUUGGUUUAUACAUUGGGAAAGGCAAUCUAUGUCACUAAAUCCAUCAAUUCAAAUGCUAACUCAUCCAGAGACACUCACACAUACAUACCUCAAAAUAAUG